AAACUCCACCAGAAGCGGUCUGUUAUAAUUUUAUUUGUAAUUUGCCCUGGAUUAUUUUUAUUUAGAACAGAUUUAUGCAUAUAUUUCACUUUGGUCGCUUAAAAUAUCUAAAUUGCCUGUUUGAAACAUCUAUCAAUUUAUGCAACUUUCUGUUUUGGUGAAGAGGUCUAAGCAACUUUCUUUUUUCAACUCUUUUCCCACACACUGAACAGUAGUUUAUCGCCUCCUAUUAUGUCUUGUUCAUUAGUAUUCUCCACUGAGUCUUGCGCUUUUGCUGUCACCAGCCAUAAAUCGCUUAUCUCUCUCCUCUUUCUCCUCCUCUUGAUAAUGUUUUUGUCCCUAACAAGCUGAGAGUCUUUUGCUUUCUGGUGAAUUCUGCGGGACACUGGGACACUGAUGUCUCGGUGUUGAACUGUAGGAACAGGUCGGAAAGAUUCGUGUUUCGGAUUUGGACUUGUCCUAUUCACAUUCACAAUGGACGGACACUGGAUCAGGAUCUGCACUUUCACACUCAUCACGGUUUUCCUGCAAGUUGCAGCUUUAAACCUGAGGAACGAGCUACUGGGAAAGUGUGUGCAGUUGCAGAAUGGAGAAGGCAAUGAGAAGUUGACUUUGGAGGAGUGUAAACCAGGAUCAGUGUUUCAGGAUUGGCAGUGGAACCCUGAAACACGCUCACUGAGGAAUCCACACACAGGAAAAUGCUUGACAGCUUUCAAGAUCCAAGAUCAGGGAACUGUGGGCCCCUUGGCAUGCAGAGCUGGAGAAGAUGAGAAUCAGGCUUGGAGUUGCUCAAAAAAGGGCCACCUCACAUUGUAUGGCAAGGGCUUCCAUUUAAGUGUGCGCUAUGACUCACCUGAUAUCUUUCUGUCCACGGAGCGAGGCAAGAGUGCCAAAUGGAGGACCGAUAGUGAGCGAACAGUGUGUGAGGAGCCACCCAAUGGGCCUGAGAAGCUAGAACCAAUUAUUAUUGCUAAAAUUCACCUGUGGCAGCCUCAAAUAAAUGCUCCAAAACCCACCCAACCUUCACCCUUCACCACUGCUACUAUAAACACCAGCACUGAUGAUAGGGAGCCUGGCCUAUUUGUAAACCCUUUCAGCGUGGAUUAUGGAAUGGAAUGGAAGGUGACCAUGCUGGUCCUGAGCUCAAUUGCCCUCACUCUUGGGAUGGCCAUUCUCUUCCUAAACAUCUAUCAAAAUAGGCGGAAGAAAACUGUUGUGGUUCUUAAAUCAUACACAUCCUGUGGCGAAACAAGUCAGCCUGGCUCCCCGGUUUCCAGCGAAAGAGCCUCUCUCACCAAACAUCCCAUGAAACCUCCCCGCUCACCGUCCAUUCAGCGUGGGGAAAUCCUGGUUGAAUGGAAGGAUGGCACUAUUACACCACUAUUUGACACCUAUCAAACCUCCUAAAAUUCCUAUUCCUAUACAAAACUCCUAUUUCUGUUUUUCAGUCAUUUUCCACUUUAUAAAACACUACCUUGUGUUGCUUGUAAGCAUGUAGUGUUUCUUUCUCUUUUUUUUAUGCAGCCGCUGUGGUUCCUGAAUGCGAGUUUAAAUUUGACUGCAGAAAGCAUAAAAGCUGGCCUCAGAAAUUGUAAACAUUCAUAAUUAGUGACCUUGCUCAGAAAAGUCUCCAUUUUAAAAUGCUAGAAUCGGUUUAAGUUGCUGUUUGGGUGGAGAUGCAUGCAUGGCCCUGAGACCUUUGUGUCUGGGUGUCUUUAUACAGUAUAUGUGGGAGGGAUUGUGCAGAUUUGCAGUUCAUAAUAAAACAGGUUGCUCUACAGCAUAAUUACACGGUGCUCAGGAAAGAUAAUGAAACUGUCCCGAGACAUUGUUUCCAGGAAUGACUAUAUGCGUAGGUGUCCGUUGAUUUGGUGAUGCUACAUACGUAGUUUGACAGUGCGAGAAAAUGUAAACAAGCAUGUACUGAAAAAAAAAAAAAAUAACGUGUGCAUGAAGGUUCUGUUAUGUGCAUCCCUGUAUACAUGUCUGAGCACACACUGAAGCAUGAGUUACUAAACAAGAGAGACAAGUUAGAGUUAAUGCAAUGAGUUUCAUUCCUGCAGGCAUUUAUAUCUUUACUAGUCCUAACCUGCCAUAUUACAACAAGCUCUUUUGUCUCAAGUAUAAAUUAGACUAGGGUGGUGUAGCUGUUCUGUUUAGGAGUUACCAUACAGCUCUUUUUUGCGUUAGUGUGAGAAGCCUAUUUAUUAAUAAAUCAAAGCUGUUUUAGAUGUUUUACAAUGUCAUAAAAUUUGAUGAUGGCUUUCAUGUGAGCUAAAUUUUUUUUUUUUUUUUCUCAACUGACGUCACCAUUUUAGCCUUGCUCUUCUUCCUUUGUGUUCUGUUCAAGCAUUUGUUUUUCGUUCUAAAGAAAACAUUCAACUCAAUUCAUAAUGUCAUUUUUACGAUUAUCCCAUAUAUACUGUUUUUUUAUACAAAUGCAUGGUUUCAUUGGCAUUGACAAAAACUAGAAAAGAUAUGGCUUAUUGUAAUGUGGAUCGGAACGAAAUUUAAAAAUAGAUAAUAUUAACAUUUUAAAACUAUUCAAACUGAAUACCACUAGUACUGCAUUUUAGCAUUAGAGCAGCUGGAAUACAGUUGUGCUUUAAUCUAUCUUGACUACUUUCCAGAAAAACCAAAUAAUGAACGUUUUCAGAGUGCAGGUUACAAUAGCUCGUUCUACCUAAUUAUUUAUGCACUCCACCUUCCUGGGUAUAAUUCAGCGUUUCUGAAAAAGAGGCUUAUUUUUAGUGAGAACAGAACAUCACCUCAUUCAGCUUGAUUUUAUUUAUAGCCAUGUUUUUACAGUACAGGGUUUUUAUCUACUUUUGCCUUAUUUUGACUAACUCACCAAAUUUCUGUUUAUGUAGAUUUUCAUCGCAGCACAGUUGCCUAAUCAGCAUUGCAUUGCACUGUGGUUGGUUGCAGCUGGACUUGAAAGUAAAUGUCAUUUAUGAUAAAUCUAACUACACUAAAGGAUACACAACUAACAGGCGGUUUUGUCUUUAGGGAUUACGAUAAAUCUUACUAAACUAAAGGAUACACAGCUACUGUAAGAUGCAGUUUUGACCCCAGAGAUUAUGAGUAAGACUACAAUAAAAGAUAAGCUUACAUAAACAUGUUUAACCCCAAUGAGACCUUGAUAUAUGUAUAUGUAUGUAGAGGAGCUUUGCCGUGAAUAACAUUGGACUAACACAGAAUAAAAGCAGUGCACAUA